GGGAAACAUAUCGUCUUGGUUUAUAGAUCACGGUGCUGCGGGCUAUAAAUGUCCACUUUGUAUGAUCAGAAGUUGAAAAUAACAUUGCGACCUCCUAUUAGUCCUAACUUGCGCAUGUGUCAGCUCCAGUUGCGAGGAAGGCAUUUACAGUUUUAAGCAAUGUCAUCAAGAGAAUUUACGAUACUUUACACACACCAGAAAACAAAGAAGGCCAAGACUUGGCAUGAUGGUAUAUUAAAAGUCAUCCUCCAAGGGAAUAAAUCAGUAUUGUACGAUGAUAAUAAAUGUAAAUUAGAUUCCUUGUAUGUUAAACCUGACCAGGUGGUGAUUGGAGAGCAGCUUGAAAGUGAGCGUUACUUAAUUCUUAUUGAAGAAGAAAGAAUAGAGAGUAAUAAUUAUAAGCAGGAUAAAUUGUCAGAUAUGAUAGCCACACAGAAUAAAAAAAAUAUUUACCCUGGAACUACACAGUACCUUGGUGGUGGAGAAAUUCGGCCUCCCCAUACACUGCACCCAAGAUUACCUACCAAAAGGAAAAGGACUCUGAUGGCAUGUCAGGAAGGUGGAAUUGAUACUUAUUACAAAGAUGCCAAAUGGUCGAACGAGAGCAGAAAGGAAAAAACUGGUAGAAAGCCAAGCUGUAUCUUUGAAGACGACGCCAUUGGAAACUCGAGGUAA